AUGUUCGCACGCAGAAGAAAACCCGACGAGUCUACCAAGUGCCAGGAUGACGGUGGCCAAUCGGGAGAGCUGCACGGACGCCCUCCACCAGCCUCAAGCUCCUUCCUGCAUAAAGAAAGCUUGCUCGACCUCCACAACACCACACAACCGCCCACUGUCUGCACAAAAUUGCAUAUCCGCACCCACACAACACCCCUCGAGGCCCCCACCGUCACCUCGCCCGCGCGCCUCCCUCUUGCGCCCAUCCCCAAUCGCAGACCAUUCCCGAGGCAAAACGCAACCAUUGCCCACUUCGACUCGACCGCAUCUGCUUCUUCGAGCCACUACCCACUAGCAAAGCCAUCGCAGACUGCCGCACGUGAAUAG